AUGAUGCAAGAAGCAAUUCAGAAAUUCUUCCUUAAACCUAUUAUUAUUGAUAAUGCAAUUAAUUGUCACCGAAAAACGCCCCUUGCAACUAUUCCUAAGUGUGCGGGCUUAGCAGAGUCGACCGCUUAUAACGAUUGGCUUGCUACUGACCAGAGAUUGAGUGAGAAGGUAGGUUGGCAUAAUGCCCCUCCUCGCGUUAAUGUGAGUUUCGCCCAUGUGACACGCCUACUCCUAUUAACCUCAGUGCCUACAAUAGUUGCUGACGUUGAUUUCGGCGUAGAUGAUUGA